AUGUCGCGGAGGCAGAAAUCAGCACGCCAACUUCUUUAUAAUACGCCACAUCCAACUCCCGAGGAAAAAAUAGCACGGGUGCUUGGUGGGAGAGGUAAGCAUCUGUAUGAAGUUCAACUGAUUGACGGUACAUCCACGCUUGCUACACUUCCUCCCAGAUUCAGAAACGUUGUUUGGGUUAAGAGAGGUGGCUACGUUAUCGUGCUACCGGUCGAAGGAGAAAAUAAAGUUGGAGCAGAGAUCGUACAUGUCCUUCUGAAUGAGCACAUCAAACAAUUAAGAGCAGAGGGGAUUUGGCCUAAAGAAUUUGAUGAGAGUCAAGAGACAGCAAAAGAGGAGCUACG